AUGUUUAAUUGUUUAUCCGAUUCCAAGUAUGGCAUCAAAACAAUUUUCAAUUUGGAACAGCUCUUGGGCUUCGGCAUUGCUUUACUGGAUCAGGCCGCCUCAAUUGCUGAGCUGGGGAUUGAGGAGUGGCAAUUCAAUCAACAUGCUGGUGAGUAUGCAAAUUAUUGCCCGGUUAGUUUACAAGAACUUGGCGAAUUUGCUGAUACUGUUCGGGAACCGAAACAUGAAUUUUUUAUUACAGUCGGAGAGAAUAACUUCACCAGUGAACGGGUUUCAGGGGAAUUUAAUAUGUCUAACAAAGAAGAGAACGAUCGACCGACAGAUAAUGAACCCGUAAAUGAGAACGAUGGCGCACAGGACGCGUUGAACGACCAGUUGCCAGAUACUGAUUUCAUCCGAAUUCCUACAACCAUGAGAUUUGCAGCUGAGUACCAUGGAAGAUACUACCGCAUGGCUGGACCAGAAGAACUGGCCAAGUUUCUGGCUGAUCCAACACCUUACCUACCCCCGUUGGCUUCUAAUUCACUUCCCAAAGAAAGUGAACUACCAGAGAGAAUUCCGGCCAACAGUACCUUAUUGAGUCGAGACGCGUUUCCCACACAAAUAGUUCUACGCGGCUAUUGUCCCGUGUGCUUCCUUGAAGGACAUCAGCGGUACGAAGCGUUGAAAUUGGGCGUGCGUGAAUAUUUGGCUUCGUAUGUGAAUGAGGUAUACACAUUCUGCUCCAAUGACUGCUUGCUGAAGUUUCUGAGAAAACCUCAUCUGUACAAGGAUUUGAAGCUACCAACCAAACUACCGCCUAUUCCGUCUGCGAUAUCCGUACAAACUUUGCCACUCCCCGGCUUCCUUGAACAGACUGUAUCUAUUGCACUUCGUCAGGCUCUCUCUGCCGUGGGACAGGAAAGACCAAAAUAUCCGUUUUUGAAAGCCAAACGAUCUGCACUAAUCUAUAUGGGUUUACAUUUAAAAGCAUACAAUCCUCGCAGUCCGGAGUGUGAAAAAGGAAAGUAUCGACAAAAGCUCAGUGAUUAUGCGGACACUUGUCGAUUGCCCAAGUGGUUGCUUCGAUCUAUGCCGUUGAAAUACAAGUCGGAGAAGGAACGAUCAAUCGAUCUCACCGCCCGGUUAGAACAAUUUCUCAGUUUGCAAGAAUUUGUCGAUACUGUGCCCCAUUGGUUAGCACCUGUUGAUGACAGGACAAGCAAACCCCCGGCUCGUGGACUCCGACUGUUACUGGACAAUCCUUUCGGCCUAUAA